AUGGCCAAAAUCCUCGCAAAUGCCUCUUGCUUGAAGACCGAGAACAUUAUUGGCGGCAAGCCAGCCUCUGCAAACCAGUUUCCGUACCAAGUAUCCCUGCGAAGGGGUAACUCCAGUUUCUGCGGCGGUUCCUUGAUCUCCCCCGACGUUGUGCUCACUGCAGCUCACUGUUUCCGCCGCAACUCCACCCUACCCGUCACCGUCCUCGCCGGAAUCGUCGAUUUGAACACCGGCAAAGGCGAGAGUAACACCGUCUCCCACGUCACCUUACACCCCGGGUUUAAGAAACAGCCUAAUUCUUUGUACAUCAACGACAUUGCAGUACUUAAGCUGUCGAAAAAGUUCAAUGUCCAAAAUAACCCAAAGGUCAGUACGAUAGAUUUGCCCGUAAAUAAUGACAAAACUUACGCUGGGGAGACGGCGCUUAUUUCGGGUUACGGGUGGAAUAAAAUUUGGCCGAGGGUCAACAAAACGGGCAGCAAGAAGUGGGACGGUAGAUCGGAAAAGCUGCUAAAGUACGCGCUCGUGGAGGUUCUCGAAAAUCAUCAGUGCAAACAUAAAUUCCCAUCAUACUUGUGUGGUCGCGUGAUUCCACAGUCCCCGGAGGACAAGAAUUUGGGGGUUUGCUUUGGAGACAGUGGUGGUCCUCUUGCACACAAUAACACGCUUAUCGGAGUGGUCAGUCAGGGUCCAAUGUCCUGCAACGACUGGAAACGUCCAACCAUGUACACCAGGGUUUCCCUGUUUUUGGAGUUCAUUGCAGUUGCCAUGAAAACUCGAGCAAACGAUUGA